CCUCUCUCUCUCCCGUACUCUCCCACGCAAAGCAGCAUAUACAUACACUUAUAGAAAUCUGUACAUACACAGAAAAAAUUCAGAGACGCAACAAUGGUGAAGUACAGAGUAUUAUUCACCGCCGAUCUCCAGAAUCUCACCGAUCUCAAGCCUUCUAGUGAUCCUACUUUCACUUACUACUUCAAGAUGAAAUGUGGGAAUUGUGGAGAACUAGCAAAGAAAGUGAUCAGUGUGCUUCCCAGUGAGAAAGUAGACGAUUCAAGAAAUGCCCCUAAUCUUGUCAUGAAGUGUAAGUUCUGUGAGAGGGUUGGUUCUGUGACUGUGACCUGUGACAUUAGAGAGCCACUGACUGAAGCGCGUAGUGAAUUCAGAAAUUCUGUUCCUCUGAUCCAACUUGACUGCAAAGGACUGGAUCCUGUCGAAUUUGUGUUUGGAAAUGGUUGGAAGGCUAAAUCUAUUGCUGGGACCAAAUUUGAGGACAUUGACUUGUCUGAUGGGGAAUUUGAUGAAUACGACGAGAAGGGAGAAUGCCCAGUUUCCAUAAGUAACCUUUGUGCUACCUUUGAGGUGAUGAUGUCAGAAAUGAGAGAGAAGCGCCUAGCCUGGGACAGAUCCAUGUUGGAACAUCAACAAAAGUGGUCUGCAUUACUGAAAGCCAGGAAGAAAGAAACUGGUUCUUCUUUCCCCUGAUUAGGGAAGGUACAAGUUUGACAUGGAUUAGCAUUACAUUUUGAUCAGGAUGAUUCCUCUGAACAAUUUUAAGGCAAUUAUUAUUGCAGAUUUUAUGAUAUUAUGGAUGGGUGAACCUCUGUUUUACCUCUCAACAUUUUAAGAACAAUGCUGGGUAACAUUCUACAUGUGCUUCUUAUUGUUUUAUGUUCUGUUCCAGAAGGAAACCUUGAUAUUCUUACUGAAUGGAAUGAUACACCAUCUGGGUUUCCGAUAGUA